AUGUUAAAUUUAGUUUUGAGUUUAGAGAAUCAUGCCAGAAUUGAAACCAAUAUUGUACUAAAAAAAUAACAAGUCUUACUCAAACUUUCUAUGACUAGUUGUUUUUUUAAUAUAUUUUUUAUCUUAUAACUGUAGCUUUGUGAAAGCAAAACUUCCGAUAAUAAGUACGGUAAUGUAUAUUUACCGACGACGAACCAAAUUUAGAUGCAUCCACGGCAAUUCAAUUAAUUAAUAAAUUACCGUGUAUAUGGUUACUAUGGCGUAGCGCAAGGGAAAUCCCUGCCGCGUCAUAGACUAGUAACCUUGUAAGGCAGUCGACGUGCUAAUUCGCAAUUCCCAUAGGUGAGCGAGAUGAGACGAUUGCGGGAAUCCUAUCACAUCCCAGUACCAGUAGUAACUCAACAUCUCUUGACGAAAAACUAAGUCUAACUAACCAUUUUGUUGUUUACCUCCUUACGUACUACACCAAUAAAUAAACGCACGGUGAAGAAUUUAAUGAAAAUGUCAAAAUCACAACAAAAUAAUAUUUGGGAGCAUUAUACAAGAAAAGAUGUCUGUUUUGCGGUAAAUACUGUAGUUAAAAUAUUAAUCAGAAAUCCACAACUGGUAAUCUCACAUGAAAAAAAAACAUUUGGUUAUCUUGUCAAGCGUGGAGCCUGCCUUGGUUAAUACCAGCAAUGAUUAUAUACAACAACCACCAUACACGAUGUCAAGUAAAAGCAACGCGCCGGAAGAAACUACCACGGCUCAUUCAUCGUCAGCUUCUACUUGGCAACGCAAACAACGGCAGAUUCCGUCGUAUAUUCCAAAAGUACUCUCCCAGGAGGAAAAAAAGAAAAUCGACAGAGACUUACUUAAUUUAUUUAUUAAAGACAUGCAACCGUUUAGUAUAGUUGAACAUGAAGGAUUCCGCAAACUUGCGUUUUAUUCCAGGAUAUGAACCACCGUCGCGGAAAACUAUAUCUUCGUCAUUGAUACCAGCUUUAUAUGUACAAAAAAGGAAUGAAUGCAUAUCAAUGGUCCAAAAUGAAGCCGAAUCAGUGUGUAUAACCACCGAUUGCUGGACUUCUUCACUAAAUGAAAGUUUCAUUGCCGUGACGGCCCACUACAUAACCAAAUAUUUCGAUUCAAGAUCGAUUUUAUUGGAAUGCAGAAGUUUUCCUGGCAAUCAUACAAGUCAUAAUUUAGCCGAGGAAUUGCGAGUUAUAACCAAAGAAUGGAAUUUAUCCAACAAAAUACUUUUUGCAGUGUCUGAUAAUGCAAGCAAUAUAUGCAACGCUAUUCAAAUUGAGCUUAAGUGAAAACAUUACGGUUGUUUUGCGCACAGCCUUAAUUUAAUAGUCCAAGAUGCUCUUCUGCUCGUACAGGGUACCAUAGAAAAAGUGAAGAAAGUUGUGGCACACAUUAAAGGAAGCACUCAAGCAUGCGAGAAGCUUCUCAAUUGUGAAUUAAACCAUUUAGGAGUAAAGGAUCCGAAACAUUUGUCUCAAGAUGUACCAACACGAUGGAACUCGACAUAUUAUAUGUUGAGGCGCCUAGUAGAGGUGGCUGAAGCCGUCAAAGCCACAAUGGCGGUUAUUAGUCGCGAUUGGCCUAUCAUACCAGAAGAAGAAUGGCAGUUAAUUGGCAAAUUAGUUCAGAUCUUUUCACCCUUUGAAGAACCGACUAAUACUAUUAGUGGUGAUAAAUACUUAACCGGUGGACUAGCAAAUUCCUUGCUAAUUGUCUGGUUGACGUCUGCAACGAUUUUCUCCGGAAUGAAGAAUUCUUCGACGGUGUUACACAGGAUAUCCUUCUCAAACUUAAGAGUGGAUUGGAAAAAAGGUUUUAUAAUAUAGAAAAUAGUAAAACGCUUGGAUUGUAAACUUUACUAGAUCCGAGGUUCAAAUUGGUGGUUUUCAAAAAUGAUAUUAAUAAAGUAUCAAUUAAAAAAUACUGUCAAGAUCUCAUGGUACAAAUAAUAAAACAAAAUUUACCGAGCACGAAGUAUUAGAAAGUAAUGUAGUAGAAAAUACAGCAGCAAAAAGCGUUUUCAAUAAAUUGGAUAAAAUGCUAAAAGAGACACGCACUCCUGGUACACCUGUGUCGAAGGCGAUACGAGAAUUACAACUUCAUUUAGACGACGAAAUAUUACCAAGACAAAUAAAUGGUAAAUGGAAUGACCCGACUGAAUGGUGGAAACAACUAUCCAGUUUUGGCUACAAUUUAUCGCACGAAGUGUAAUUAAUAUUGUCAUCACAUCUGUUUGCCGUUACGUCGUGCACGACUUUCGUCAAAAAAAUUACAGAUGCUGUUAGCAUCUGUAAUUUCUGAAUAAUAAUUUAAAAUAAAUAUUUUUUCUAGUAACAUUUUCUUUAGAUUUAAACAUCGAGCAGUUACAUGCUUAAAAUUUUUAUUUAAGAAAUAAAUACUUUUUUCUUAUUUGAGUAGGCACCUAAUAAUUUUGUCAACAUUUCAUAUUUUUAGUUACUAUGCCGAAAAGUUUCGAUUACAUUUUCAAGUCAUGAUUCAUGAAUCGAAGAGACACACCCUAAAGACGCAUCUGUCGUAAUUCGUAUCGCAUCGCAUCCUGUGAUACUAUAAUACUGAUAUUCACUUGACAUCGGAUGCCAUUUAUCUGAUAUCGAUGCGCAUCGAUAUCACAAAUAUCUAAAAACGCCCAUCUCUAGACGGAACAUAAUAAGCCGUGCGUU